AACACAACACAACAAAACCCCAAAAGAAAGAAUAAUGGCUUCUUACACAAGUUUCCUCUUUGCCAUCGUCGCUCUUCUGCUCGUGCUCAAUAUCUCCGGCAGAACACUUCCUGCGCCGGCAGAUUCCACCAACAUAGCGGCAAGGCUCAACGGAGGAGGACUAAUGGAGUGUUGGAACGCACUGUAUGAGCUCAAAUCAUGCACAAACGAAAUCGUUCUGUUCUUCCUCAACGGCGAGACCAAACUCGGCGUCGAUUGCUGUCAAGCCGUCGAAGUCAUCACCACUGAUUGUUGGCCGGCGAUGUUAACUUCUCUUGGCUUUACCUCUGACGAAACCAACGUUCUUCGCGGCUUCUGUCAAUCUCCAAAUUCCGGUGGUUCUUCGCCGGCGCCUUCCUCGGUGAAACUUUGAUGUAUGCAAACUCCAAUAAUGGUUAUAAUAUAUAGUUUUUAAAUGAUAUAAUUGGCAUGUCCCUUUGGAUUUUUCUGUGUGACUAAAACCGCAUUUAUACC